AUGCUGCCGCUGCCGCUGCCGCUGCCGCCGCCUCUGGUGCGCGCCCGGCCCGGCCCGGCCCCGCUGCGGCUUCUCUGCCGCGGCUGCCCCGCGCCUGCCUCGCCCGCCCCGCGCCUGCCUCGCCCCGCGGCCCCGCCACCGCCCGCCUGCCUCCCUCCCUCCGCCGCCGCCUCUGCCACCGCUGCACUGCGCUCUGCCCGCCUCCCUCCCUUCUUCCCUCCCUCCCCUCCCCGCUCCUCCUCCCCCGCGCGCUCCCCCUCGGCCCUCCCCAAACUCCGCACGGAAAGCGCCCCGCGGGACCCAGAGCGCGCCGUCCCGCCGGCGCCCUCCUGCACGCGCACGUGCGGGUCGGCCUCGGAAGGGGGAGGGGUCUGCAACCUCUCCGUGGGUGCUGUCUCCAGGUACCUCUAG